UCCAUGAUGAAGCUGAUUCUGUCUCUCACUCUCAUCUGGACUCUCUCCAGCACAGCUGAAGCUCUUAAGUGUUGGCAGGGUUUAAUGGGAAUGGAUGAGUUACGUCCAUGUGCCUCUACUACUGAGUGGUGUGUCACUGUUGCCUCACAAGUAACUGUGAAUGGGAAUCUCCAUCAGUUCACCACCAAGUCCUGUGUGCCACUCUCUCCUAACAUUGAAGGAAAGCAUACGUUUUCAUUAAAUCUUGGUUUUUUGUCUGCAUCUGUGUGUAACACAGAUGGCUGCAACAGUGAAGACAAACCGUACCCUAAUGAUCUGAAGAAAAACAACCUGCAGUGUUUCACCUGUGAAGAUUCAUCUUCUGCUGAGUGUAAGAAGAAGACAGUACAGUGUGUGGGAGACGAGGACCGCUGCAUUAGUGGGACUGCGGAAAGUAUGGGUGUAAAAGGUCAUACCUUUGGAUGUGUCUCUGGAGAUCUUUGUGAAGAUCUUUAUGACUUGCAGUUCCUGCCUGGUGGCAACUUUACUCAACCACCAAAAUGUUGUAAAGGCAGCUUCUGUAACUCAUCCUGGUCCGUCAAACUGAAUGUGAUGACUUUGCUGUUUGGUCUCAUUGCCCUUAUCUGCUAUUAGAACAAAGAGAAACUAACAGAAUAGCCCAAGUGUAGUGUGUGAAUAAGCCAAAUACAUCUAUUACCUUCUCAUUCAUUUACACAGUGAGAUGUCUUCAACAGUUUGAAUGUUUUAGCUUGGUGAAUAAUUAUUUUAACCAUAACUGCAGCAUCCCAGUAAAAUAAAGUUAG